AUGUCGGUGGCUUUGGCCCGAAACGCACGGCUCCGACACGUGCGUUUACUGCGAAAAGUCCAGCAGAUUUACCCCGAGUCUCUCAAGAAGGCCGGGUCAGCUCUAGGGACCCAACUACAGGAACUUCCCUCAAGUCUGCUUUGGGAGCUGGUCUGCCCCGGGCUCCAAGCCCUGCACCCGUCGUAUUUCCAAAACCUGCAGCUCCUUGGUAGCCAGGUGAUUGACCUGCAUAGCAAUGAAGACCUGGGCACCCAGGGAGUGAAGGUGGUCGACAGAGUUUUGGACCAGUUUGUGGCAAACCGGAAUAUCGGCGCUUUGCUGGUGAAUCACUGGCCCGAUCCUCUGGCCGCUCGCAACCUCUUGACAUCAUCGGUGGGGGCAGUGCAUCUCCACUUGGGGCCGCCCAAGUCAAAAGAAAUGAUUUAUUCCCAUCUUCUCAAUGGACACCAGGGGCUAUCUUGGCUCUAUCUCCAGACUCUUGGCCAUUCUUAA